AUGCGAGUGACGGUGGUAACCGGCGCCGUCGCGGCGCUGUUGCCUCUGGCGGGCGCUCAGCUGUCGUUCUGGCACUUGCCGGCUGAUCGCAGCAGGACGAGGCUCCGCAACCCGUACGAAGCACUAGAUGUUCUGUCCCGCACGGGAUACGCUGCCUUGGUGGGACAGGAAGAGGGAGACGGCGCUUAUGAAAGGAAGCAGGCGCUCGACUACGUUGCCAAGCUUGGAUGGUCUGAUGUAGAUGUUGCGGCGGUUAUGGAGACCUUCAGGACGGGCAUAACGACGCCGGAGACGUGCGAAACCUGCGAAUACUUUAUGAACGUGCUGAAGAAUGGCUCGGGCAAGUUCUCCAUGCCCGUCUUCGUCGCAUUCCUGUGGACCAUGUGCUACAUCCAGUCCUACACCACGAGCGAAGUCUGCACGGGCAUUGUCAGGUCCUACAAGGACGACGUCGGCUACGUGAUGAGAACCACGAGGUCCUCUCCGAACGAGCUCUGCACGCUGAUGUUUGGUAGAACGUGCGGAAACCUCACGUUGCCUGAACACGUGUGGGAGAUAGACGUUCCAGAAAAGCCCAGCGACACCACGCCUGUACUCAGGAAGAGAGAACAGUCAAGGGCCGAGCUGGCGUCGUCGUUCCGCGUGCUGCAUCUGUCGGACACGCACUACGACCCGGAGUACGUCGAGGGGAGCCUGGCAUCGUGCGACGAGCCCCUGUGCUGCCGUGCCGCAUCGGGAGAAGUAACGAACGACACCGACCGCGCGGGCCGCUGGGGUGACUUGCGUUACUGCGACCUGCCGUUCCGCACGCUGGAAAACAUGCUCGAGCACAUCGGACGACAGGGACGUCAGCCUCAGUUCGCCUACUGGACCGGCGAUCUCCCACCCCACGACGUGUGGAGGAUAACUCGGGCCGCCAACUUCGAGAACUUCGAGACGACCGUCUCGACUAUCGCCAAGCAGCUGCCCGGCGUCACGGUCUAUCCGGUCGUCGGAAACCACGAAGCUGUUCCCCCGAACAUGUUCCCCGAGACCGACCACAGCGAUGCGCAGCACGCCGAGAAGUCGCAGUGGCUGUACGACACCCUAGCCGAAGAUUGGAAGGUGUGGCUUUCGGAAGACGCCCUCGCCACUGUCAGACGUAUAUCUGUCAUUAACGAAUCCGACUGUACCUUCUUGUCGAUCCAUUACUGUUGUGCUGCCUUACAGCUUCUGUUGUUCUUGAUUUAUCUCUACUGUUAUACCAGGGCUGGAUACUACGUCGCUAAGCCAAGAGAAGGUCUUCGAUUAAUAUCGCUCAACACAAACUUCUGCUACAACUUCAACUUCUGGCUCUUCGUGAAUUCCACCGACCCUGGAAACCAACUGCGAUGGCUGGUGGACGAGCUGCUUGAUGCCGAACGCGUGGGCGACAAGGUGCACCUGAUUGGCCACAUACCUCCCGGCUUGCCCGACUGCCUCGACACUUGGAGCGCCAUGUUUCACAGGAUCGUCGAAAGGUUUUCAAGCACAGUGGUGGGCCAGUUCUACGGCCACACGCACUACGACGAGGCGAUCGUGUACUACUCGUCCAUGGACAGGUCACGGCCUUUUGGGCUCGCCUUCGUCGCGCCGAGCGUCACCACGUACACCUUUCUGAACCCAGCUUACCGGAUAUACGAAGUCGAUUCGGAAUCCAAGCCUCAACAGCCUGCGACACUUCUCCACCUGUCUGCCCUCAAGCUGGUGACGAGACACGAGACGUACUCCAUGAACGUGACCGAGGCCAACCAAGGUGACGGAGAACCCCGCUGGAGGCUCGAGUACAGCACCGAGGACCUGGGUCUGGCGCAGGUGGGCCACGAGGACUGGGCCGCGCUCAUCGGAGCCAUGGAGGCUGACCAGGCUCGGUUUAACCAAUACGUCGGGUACACGACACGCCUGGGCGACCAGGAGACGAAGUGCGACGACGAGUGUCGCGAGCGACUGCUGUGCCGCUGCAGAACGGACAGGGCGCACGACUACUCGGCCUGCCCGCGAGAUCCCACCGCCGACAGGAACAACGCCACCGGGAGGCAAUACAAUCAUUUACCAUGACGUGCGCCAACUAGGAAGCAACGAAUUUGGAAUAAUUGCUCGUGACGUUUGGAUUUGAACCUGUGGUACGAGUGUGUUGCAAGUAGCUUUUGCGCGUAACACAUCCCUCGAUUUCUCCGAAAGGACAGCAACGCCACCCUCGGCUGACAGAGUUACUAUUCUCCUAUUACACUCCUAGGCUGGGGAAGUGACAUCGAAUAUCAGUUUGCACUCAGUUUCAAUAUGUUUAGCCGGAGUACAAGCGCGCAAACCAUGCUCGUGGGGUAUAGACUAAGCUCGAGAUUGAGCCCAUCGCGCCCUCCCAUGGAGGGCCACGUAGGUCAGGGUCACGUGCAUUCGCACAGUAUCGAUGCUGAUUGGCCGAUGUCAGUUGUAGCUUUCACUUCAGUUCUGCAUUACUGUGAAACGGACUAUAGGUGUGAUAUUAUUAGAGUUAAAGAAAUUCUGAGAUCGCAUAAGGCAAGAAAGCUGCUUUUUCCAAAAGUUGUAUUUGGCAAAAAGGUAGGAUUUUUUUAAAAAACAGCCGUUUUCAAUCAAGCGUAUUAUCUUUGUCGGUUAAAUUACCAGGCACUACGGAGUGUGAGUAGUCGAAGUUUCUAACAUGCAUCGAAUACCCGUGUUUUUAAUGAGAGUGUUUAACUGGAAAUGUUGAGAUUCGAUCUUGUGAAAUAUCGGGCUGUACAGCGCAGAAGGAACGACCACAAAAAAAGGAGAAAGACGACACACGCAGAGCGCUCUGUGUGUCGUCUUGUCCUUUCUUUUUGUCGUCAUUGCCUCUGCGCUGUACAACCCGAUGAUGGUGAACCAACAAGCCGACAUUUCUACUAUCUUGAAGAAGCCAUGACGUUCUGUUGCCGAGCCCGAAGUCGCCGGUUUCAAAUCCAGGUGACCGCAUUCUGAUGGGGCAGAAUACACUGUAAUUAACGCUUGUGUACCUAGCACUGGGUGCACGUUCUUGAGACCUCGUGUAGUCCCAACGAAUACGGAGCCCUCCACAACGACGUCUCUCAUUGACCCGAUUGUCAUAUCGGGACUUGCUCCGCCAAGGAUAAUAAAUGUUGCGGGAUGCUCAAUUAAUAUAGAAUAUUAUAGGAUUGCUACGAUUAUGGGACCUUGCAUGUUUAGACAUCACGAAAGUGUCCGCUAACGACCAAGAACUGGGGUGCCCUUUUUGUUCAUACACAAAUUGUACAGUUGGACGGAGAUUUAUAGAAGAAAAUAAAAUUU